AAUGUGCACAGGCUUUUCAAAAUGGAGUAGUGAUUAAUGGUUCGUUGUGGGGGUCUCUGUUUAUCUUCUGCAGUUGUCACAUAUCAGUCUCGUUAUCUAACUUGGAAACCAGCCAGUAAAGACGAAAAGAGCUGGCCUUACACUGCAUUAUCUCCAGGGCUGUUUCUCUUAUCUUUAAACGUCCGAGUCUUCUGACAUAUAUGGAUAAGUCCGUCAUCCUGCUGCCUGACAAUACAGUCCCAAAAUAAUCUGAGAGACCACAGCUGAGCCCCGCUCGGCUCUGCGCGCUGCUCCGCCGACGCCGACGCCCUGGGAAGGAAAACAGCGAAAUCUACCUUCAGUAAUGACGAAAUUCAGCUACUCUGACUAUUUGUCUCAGUUCCGUUAUGCCGGUAAUAAAGCUGUGUCGCGACUGCGAGGGGAUAGGAGAGGAGACAAUGAGAGCGACGGCACGUCAGAGCCGGAGGAUGUUGAUCCUGUGGUCUGUGCCAUCAAAAGAGGAGAUGUGGAAACUGUCAAAAAUCUGACAGCCUCUUCUCACUGGGUGCUGAAGGAGAACAAUGAUGGAUGGAUACCUUUGCAUGAUGCUGCCUACUGUGGACAGGCUGAGUGCUUGAAGACCCUGUUAAGGGCCCUUCCAGGCUCAGUAGACAAGCGCACAUUGCAGGAGCAGACGGCCUUGCUGCUUGCGGUGUCUUGUGAACACUUGGCCUGUGUGCAGUGUCUUUUGGAAGCAGGUGCUGACCCUGACAUCAGCAGCAAGAGCAAAGAAACACCUUUGUACAAAGCAUGCGAGCUUGAGAACAUAGACAUGGUGAACCUUCUUCUCUCUUAUGGGGCCACUGUGAACCAGCGGUGUGCCCAGGGCUGGACAGCCCUUCAUGAGGCUGUAUCGAGAAACAACACAGAGAUCUGUGAGAUACUGUUAAGAGCUGGGGCUAUAAUUAAUCCAUCUAAUACCUACACCAUCGCUCCACUGGUUGUAGCAGCUCAGCAAGGACAGAUGAGGACACUGUGUUACCUUAUUGAGAAAGGUGCAGAUGUCAACACGCAGACAUGCGAUGGGGUUACGGCGCUGCAUGAAGCGAGUAAAAAUGGCCACACGGAAAUUGCGGCCCUUCUGUUGACUAAAAAUGCAGAUGCCAACAAACCAACCAUCUCAGGACUGCUGCCUUUGCACAUCGCUGCCCAGUAUGGACAUGACAAGAUUGUAUCUCUGCUCAUCUCGGUGACAAGUCGAGCCAUGCUCCGGCACAGUUGGAUCAGCCCCCUCCACCUGGCAGCAGAGCACAACAGACACACUGUAGCAGCUGUGCUACUGAAGACAGGUGCAGAUGUAAACGCCACACUGCCCCACAGCCACUCCAUCAAGUAUGCCGAUCGACGCACUACAGCCCUCUACUUUGCUAUUGCUAACGGCAGCACCGAAACAGCAGAGGUGUUGCUUAAUGCCGGUGCUAGUCUAAGCCUGGAUCCAGUCAGCCCUCUGCUGAUGGCUGUGCGUCAGGGUUGUGUCAGCACUGUGUCUUUACUGCUGGAAAGAGGAGCUGAUGUAAACGCAAGCAUCCCAACAUGUAAUACCACAUUCCCAGCUCUUGUUGCACUUUGUCUGAAUAAUCUGCCUCUACUCAAGUGCCUUCUGGACAAUGGCUGUGAUGCGCUCUCCUGUUUUACGUGUGCUUAUGGCAGUGCCCCUCACCCAGCUACAGGACAAUCCGAUAUAAUAACUGCUGGCAGUAAUGGAUAUGCUUUCCAGAAUGGCAGCAUGCUUCCUCUAAAUUGCAGUGAGCCUUCAGAGAGGAUAACACAGUUCUGCGAGUGGAUCUCAACGCCAGUAAUGAGUAAAUGGGCAGGGCCAAUUAUAGACUUGCUGCUAGAGUAUGUUGGCCAUGUUCAGCUGUGCAGCAAGCUCACUGAACUGCUGGACAGCCAUGAAGAAUGGCACGUUGUCAAGAGGAAGUUGUUGUCACCAUGUCCACUGCUGCACCUCUGUAGAUUAAAGAUUCGGACCCAGAUGGGGGGACACAGACUGAGAUCCAUCACAAGCUUACCUCUGCCAAACAGACUGAUUAGAUACCUGAGCCACGUUGACUGACUUUAAAAUGAAUCUCAAGCAAUAUAGUCCUCAGAGAUAAGACUAUAUUUAUCUUCUCGUGGUUCUUUUUUUAGUCGUGUCUGAUAUCUUGAAUCUGUAAAUGUUCCUCUCAAAGAAAUUCUAUGUGUAUAAAUAUCUAUUUAUAAUAUAUGUGAAGUGACAAUAAGCCUCUUUAAUCUGUCCUUCAAAAUGUGUGUG